AUGGCAGGAAGUCGUCAACACCGAAGAUCGAGACGAGAAUCCUCCUCGCGACAUGAGAAUAUCGCCUUAGAAGACUCCAUCAGUCCUCCUUCCAAGGCACACGUCAGCCACGAGAAGAAACAUCACCAUAUCCUCCCUACCCACAACCACAAUGGACACAAGGUUACGAAACAUAUCAAGCCAGAGGGCGAGAGUGGAAGGAGAGGCAUAAAUCCGCUACAUUUCUUCAAGAUUGCAUGGAGAUCGGCGAGUGAUGCAUCGAGAGCCGUCAAUGUUCUCUGGCCAGUUGUGCCAGCUGCAAUUGCGGUUCGAUACGCAAAACCCGACAUGCAUUUGACUAUCUUCGUCCUCAAUUACAUCGCGAUGGUUCCUUGUGCCAAUCUCAUUGGAUUCGCGGGUCAAGAACUGGCAAGAAAACUUCCAAAGGUCUUUGGCGUUUUGCUGGAGACUACUCUCGGUUCAGUCGUCGAAAUUAUCCUCUUUAUGGUUUUGCUACGUCACGAUGAUUUCCCUGUCAUACAAGCAGCGAUUCUGGGAUCCAUCUUGGCUACGCAGCUUCUAUGUCUAGGAUUGUGCUUCUUCGCAGGUGGCAUGAGACGUGAUGAACAGGAAUUCGAUGAGGCUGUUAGUGAAGUCGGUAGUGGAUUAUUGUUGACUGCUGGAUUCGGAUUGAUCAUUCCUGCCAUAUUCUACCAAGGAGUAAGGCAGUUGGAAUACAUUGGCGACGGCGCGCUCAGAGCUAAGACUGUGGAUGUCUCUCGAAUCACGUCCAUUUUCUUGAUCUGCGCCUACAUGAUUUAUGUCUGGUUCCAAAUGCGAACUCACCAUGGAAUUUACGAUGCCAUCUUUGAACAAGACGAACUAAACGACGCCGACAGACAUAAGGAUCUUAGAAAAGAUAAACUCACAUUCACAGAAUGUAUCCUUGCUCUAGCCGUCUCAAUCGCCCUUGUUUCCAUUGUCGCCAUCUCCCUAGUAGAGCAAAUCCCUUUUAUCGUCGAAGAAAGGGGUGUUUCCGACCUCUUCAUGGGUCUCAUCCUCGUUCCCCUCGUCGAAAAAUUCGCUGAGCAUCUGACCGCCAUUGACGAAGCAUGGGACAAUCAGAUGAACUUUGCACUCUCCCACGUCCUCGGAGCUACUAUCCAAACCGCCCUCUUCAACGCUCCUCUCGUUGUUAUCGUCGGCUGGGGUCUCGGCAAACAAAUGGAUUUCAAUUUCGACGUCUUCUCCCUUGUCUCACUCAUCCUCGCCAUCUUGGUCGUCGGAAAUUUUUUGAGAGAUCAGAAAUCGAAUUACCUUGAAGGUGCACUCUGCGUUAUCGUCUACUGUAUCAUCGCAGUAGCGGCCUUCUACUUCCCAAAUAAUCCAGCACACGGUGGUGGAGCUACCGAAAGCUCAGCAGGAAGUGAGGGUACGGCCGCAGCACAUCGGAUGAUGAUGUGA